AUGAGCCGCGAACCUUUGCCCUCGUCCUUUGAGGACAACCCCCAGUUCAGGGAGGAGACGGGCCUCCAGAAGUUCACUAGACGUCUGAAGGAAGAGCCUCUGAUUCCACUGGGAUGUGCUGCCACAUGUUACGCCCUCUACCGGGCCUACCGAUCCAUGAGGGCGGGUGACUCCGCCGAGAUGAACCGCAUGUUCCGCGCCCGUAUCUAUGCGCAGGCGUUCACACUGGUCGCGCUCGUCGCGGGCGGAAUGUACUUCAAGACGGAGCGGCAGCAGCGCCGGGAGUUUGAAAAGGCAGUGGAAGAGCGAAAGGCACAGGAGAAGCGUGACGCGUGGCUUCGCGAGCUGGAAGUCCGCGACAAGGAGGACCGCGAGUGGCGAGAGCGACAUGCAUCCAUCGAGGCAGCAGCGAAGGAGGCAAGCAAGCGACCGUCCUCGAACGAGCCGGAUGCUGCUCGAGCAGCGAUUGAGCCGGCGGAUGAAAAGUCAAUUGGGGUUCUGGAUGCGGUGCGGGCCCUGCUGUCAGGAGGGAAGUAG